AGAGUCAGUUGACAUCGUCGACUCUAGUGAGGCGCGCCGGAGGCGACACGCAGACGUAAUUUUUUGGAGAACUUUGGUCCUUUCCCCCCCACUUCGUCGAAAAGGCAUAACAGCGCGAACGUAGAGUUUAUGUUACUAACAUUCGUUGCAAAAACAUGCUGGAUCCCUGGUUUUAUCAUUGGUUCUUUUUUACUUGGUGGUCCGUUAGGUAAUUGAACUGCCAGCUGGAUUAUUUUUUGCAACGCUGCUUGCUGGCCAAAAUUAAGUUGAUUAAUCUUUCCAGGGAUUUAAGAUCCAGCGAUAUUUUAUUGGACCAGUUUGUAAAACGUCGUUUGAAUCAUUCUGAUGCCCAGCUAACUAGACUAUAGCUAGUCAGCCGGGGCUUGCUGCGCCCAAGCCGGGCGAAGAUUGACGCUGCACGGUGUCACCCAACUGAAGAGGAUCGAGCUUAUUAGGCGACAAUGCUUGAAAUAAUGUCCGAACACCAAGAUUCAUUACUGAAGUGCAAAGCAGAGACUCUGCCAUCAGAGAGAAGAAAGAGGACAGUGGAGGACUUCAACAAAUUUUGCAGUUUUGUUCUUGCAUAUGCUGGUUACAUCCCUUCUCCAAAGGAGGAACGGCCAUGGUCUCCAGCAUCCUCCAGUUCUCCAAACAGCUCUGGUGCUUCAGGUGAAGGCAGUGUUUUAGGUGGAGCAAGUUCUAACAUGGCUCCCAACUGGAGUCACGGCACGUCGGACUUGCACACCAUCCAUACGUUCGUUCGCAAGGCUCGUGCCAAUAAGAGCAACAAAAGCAUGCGGCGGCUGUCGUCUGACAGCACCCUGAUGGACAAAAUGUGUUUAAAAGACCCUUUCUAUGAGGGCCAGGUGGCCAGCAAAGCUGAGCGCAAAAAGGACAAGAAGCUGAAGCGUCUCUCUCUAGGUUCAGGCGCUGGCGACAGCAGCAGCAGCGGUGGCGAGAAGCGUGCAAGGAUCAAGCGCAGUAAAAACCCCAAACAGUCGAAAGCCCUUAAGAAGCUUAAGAGCUCGGCCCACAGUGAGACAGACUCAGAGAAUGGUCUCGGGCAUGGAGAGGAGCAUUCGGACCAGGGAGCGGCAGCCGAGCGCAGACUGCAGGCCCAGGUGAAAGAGGAAAAGGAGGAAGCCACCAGAGAGGCGGAUAUGAGUUCCAGUGAAGGCGAGACUUGGAUAGCGGAUGAAGACAUAAUGGUGGAGUCAGGUGAUGAUUCGUGGGACUUGAUCACCUGUUACUGCGGUAAACCCUUUGCAGGACGGCCCAUGAUUGAAUGUAGUCAGUGCAGCGUGUGGGUGCACCUCUCUUGCGCCAAAAUUAAGAAGUCUAACGUGCCCGACAUAUUUAACUGCCACAAAUGCAGAGACUCACGACGGUCAAGUCAUAAAAAAGACACUUAGAUGAGGGUGUUUAUUCCCUCAAAGCUCUGAAUGUUCCCAGUUCUCCAGUUUUUGUAUCCAAAACAAUUUUCAGUUUCAGAAUCCAUUUUAUUUCGCUGUUUCUUUGCAGUUCUAGUUUUGGCGACUAGUUACUCCUUACAUGUUUUACAGUCAGUAGUCUCCAUUAUAGAGUUCACUGAGAAAUAAUGUCGGAAUGAAUUCAUCUCUUACCUCCCAAGUGGGUAAUUGAUCUUGGUUCGUUUGUAACUUUUCCCACAGAUACGUAAACUCUUGUCACACCAAAUUGUCAUUUUGUUUAAAAUAAGCAGCUUGCAUAUUUAGUAAGUGGCACUAUUUUUCACACAGCCACACUACAUUUUCAUGGUUGUAUACUACAUUAGUUACUUAGGUACUGCAAGAGUCUAUUUAAAAGUAAAAAAAAAAAAAAACCUUACACUGUACAAAAUGCAGAAAAAUGUUGUCAUAAUGUUGCCAAAGAGCUGCUACGAGAGAUUGUGUUCACAUCGCUGUUACUAGAAAAUACAUUAUUUCUUAGUGAACUGUCCAGUUGAUCUUUUUUUUUUUUUUUUUAUUAUUAUUGGGAUAGAUGCCUUUGUUUAAAGACUUAUAGACGUAAUGUGUUAGUCUAAAUGCCAUUUCCUGUAGGUGACCAUUUAAAUCACAACCUCUUAAUUGAAAUUUAUGUCAGAAAUCACACCCAAAUGGACUUAAGCAGUCAGCUAACAAAUAUAGAUGUUCAGAUAUUAUUAGCUACAUGAGUCAUUUAAGCAGGGAAUCCUUUCAGUUGCAAUUAUUGAUAUCAAACAUUAAUUUCUUCUAAUUCUACUGGUAAUGUACAGUAUGUUAACCCAUGUACUUUGUCGAAAAGAAGCUAUCAAAACAGUUCAGUCUUUAAUUAUUUGCACAACAUAGUGUUUAUUUUUUUUUGUUUUCAAUGUGUUAAUUUUUUUUUGGAAGUUUUCAGUUUAAUAAGAUGUGAAGGCUAGAUUUAGGAGCUUUGCUGAAGCGGUCCUCAAAUGGAAUGGUUGUAAUUAUUGUUUUCAAGAAGUGUUUGGGGGUUUUAAACUCUGAGAACUGGUGAAGAUUACUCAUUUAUGCUACAAGCUCUUUCUUUUGAAUUAGUUUGGAGACUAUUGUUUGGAUUUUUUUUUUUUUUCUCUUUGUGGUUUAUUUGUGAAGCAAGGGGGAUUGGAAAUUCCCAAAUGCCAGAGCUCUCUUGCUUCAUGUUUCACUCUGUAAAUAUCACAGAUUUUGAGAAGUGUACAUAUGUGAAAGUGAAGAGAAAAGCAAAGCAAAUGGUAUAUUUUUUGCAUCUGAUAUUGUUUUCUUUAACUACCUGGAGAAAUAAAACUUUUCUUUAUUGGG